GAGUGCUACUGUUCUUUUGUGGUGAGGACUGAGGACGAUCCAAUCCGCGGAUCCAACAUAACCCAAAUAUCGAAUAAUUUGCUUCUGCUUCAUUCCUACCGCCGGAAACCAUCUGGUGCGUUGAGUUCAGAUCUCUCUCCCUCUUUCCAUUACCAAAUUCCAGGAUAAGAAUCUGGAUGCAUUAUUGUUCGAGUUAGCGUAGACUCAUAAAAAAAGUGAAGGGAAUGGAGUUGGUAACAAAGCCAUUGAUGUACUGGGUUUUUAUUUCCAUCAUUGUCUUUGCUGCUCAACUUUGCAAUGGUUUCUAUCUGCCUGGAAGUUACAUGCAUACGUAUGUAAAUGGAGAUAAUAUAUAUGCCAAGGUGAAUUCAUUGACCUCUAUUGAAACCGAGCUUCCAUUCAGCUAUUACAGCCUUCCAUACUGCAAGCCGCUUGGUGGCAUAAAAAAGAGUGCGGAGAAUCUCGGAGAGCUCCUUAUGGGGGAUCAGAUUGAUAACUCACCCUAUCGGUUCCAGAUGAAUGUUAAUGAGUCAAUCUAUCUCUGUACAACAACCCCGCUGAAUGAGCAUGAGGUGAAGCUGCUCAAACAAAGAACGCGGGAUCUGUACCAAGUGAAUAUGAUCCUUGAUAACCUCCCAGUUAUGCGAUUUGCUGUUCAAAAUGGGGUUAAAAUCCAGUGGACAGGGUUCCCCGUUGGAUAUACACCCCCUGGUAGCAAUGAUGACUACAUCAUCAACCACCUGAAGUUUACAAUUUUGGUUCAUGAAUAUGAAGGAAGCAAUGCUGAGAUUAUAGGGACUGGGGAGGAAGGUUUGGGUGUUAUUUCUGAAUCCGACAAGAGUAAAGCAUCUGGAUAUCAAAUAGUUGGCUUUCAGGUUUCCCCUUGCAGUGUUAAAUAUGAUCCUGAAGUCAUGACGUCGCUCCACAUGUAUGAUAAUAUCACUUCUAUAAGCUGCCCAAGUGAACUUGACAAGUAUCAAGUAAUAAAAGAGCAAGAAAGGAUAUCAUUCACAUAUGAGGUUGAAUUUGUGAAAAGUGAUAUAAAAUGGCCAUCGCGUUGGGAUGCUUAUUUGAAGAUGGAAGGUUCCAAAGUUCAUUGGUUCUCAAUCAUGAACUCACUUAUGGUCAUCUUUUUCCUUGCUGGUAUUGUCUUUGUUAUUUUCUUGAGGACUGUGCGAAGGGACCUGACAAGGUAUGAGGAACUGGAUAAAGAGGCACAAGCUCAAAUGAAUGAGGAGCUCUCGGGAUGGAAACUUGUUGUGGGAGAUGUUUUCAGGGAGCCUAAUUGCUCAAAGCUUCUGUGUGUGAUGGUUGGAGAUGGAGUUCAAAUUCUUGGGAUGGGUGGCGUUACCAUUGUUUUUGCAGCCCUUGGUUUUAUGUCACCAGCCUCCCGUGGUAUGUUACUAACAGGAAUGAUACUCUUAUUUCUUAUCCUUGGGAUUGCUGCCGGUUAUGUUAGCGUACGACUCUGGAGCACCAUCAAGGGAACCACGGAAGGUUGGAGAUCAAUUUCCUGGUCCGCAGCUUGUUUCUUUCCUGGAAUCGCUUUCAUUAUUCUUACAGUACUGAAUUUUAUUCUGUGGGGCAGCAGCAGUACUGGUGCGAUUCCCAUUUCCUUGUAUUUUGAGCUCUUCUUCCUUUGGUUCUGUAUUUCGGUACCACUUACCAUGAUUGGAGGAUUUAUGGGGACAAGAGCAGAGGCAAUUGAAUAUCCUGUGCGGACUAAUCAAAUUCCUAGGGAAAUUCCUGCCCGUAAAUAUCCAUCUUGGCUUCUUGUUCUCGGUGCCGGAACUCUUCCAUUUGGAACCCUCUUUAUUGAGCUUUUCUUCAUCCUUUCCAGUAUUUGGCUUGGGAGGUUCUAUUAUGUAUUUGGUUUCCUGCUCGUUGUUCUACUGCUGCUGAUUAUUGUUUGUGCGGAAGUAUCUGUUGUCCUCACCUAUAUGCACCUUUGUGUGGAAGAUUGGCAGUGGUGGUGGAAGGCAUUCUUUGCCUCAGGUUCUGUUUCGCUGUAUGUCUUCUUGUAUUCAAUUAACUAUUUGGUUUUUGACCUUCAGAGUUUGAGCGGGCCAGUCUCAGCUACACUUUACCUUGGCUAUUCGCUACUCAUGGCAGUGGCAAUCAUGUUGGCCACUGGGACAGUUGGCUUCCUUACAUCAUUCUACUUCGUGCAUUACUUGUUCUCAUCCGUAAAGAUAGAUUGAGGUUCCUGCUGCUAUCUCUCAUUGACUCAGCGAAAAGAUCAGUUGAUCGAUACUCUGCUGAGUUCAUUUUGUAGCUUUGCUUGAAUUGCAGAACAGUGAGUAGGCAACUGAUGGUAAUUGAUCGCAAUAGGCAAUUGUGAAUUGUUAUAUUACAUAUUGCAAUAUCUGCAAUUUGUUCCCCUUCUCCGUCUCCCAAAGUGAUUUACUCGUUCUAGUAUUCAACUAGUGUUGUAGCUCAUUUUGUUUUAAGUACUUUAGUUUCAUUUGAUUAGGAACUUGUAACUUUUCAGACUCUCAUUCCAUUCCAAUACUGAAAAGAAAUCAUUAGAUGGAUACUUCCAGAUUUCAUUGUGA